AUGGCAGGUGGGGGCCCCUCUCAGCCUCUGCCCACAGUGCUGGUGUCGGUCUGGGCCUGGCGGGAGGGGGCGGGGAACUCUCGGGAGGAUCUACAGUUACAGCUGAGUGUGGAGGCCGAGAACCCCGGAGACUUCCGACUGGCUGUCCGUCACCCGGCCCGCGGGCCGAAUCCCAAUACGAUUGUCGGGGAGUUCAGGCUGAGAGAUGUCACCUAUGAGAUGAGGACCUCGCAGUGUCACCAGCUGACCGUCUUGGAGGAUCCCACUUCCUGUAUGACCUUCAACUUCGAUGAUGAGCGGGAGGCCCAGAAAUGGUGGACGGUGGUGAGCAGCUCCCUCAGAGAGGCCCAGAAGGUUGUGAAAAGUCAGUUGGACCCGUCCGGAAAAAAGCCACCAGUACCCACCAAACCCAGGAGCCCCCUGAAUGUUGGAGAAUCCCUCUCACCAGAGGCUGACCCCACUUUCCCGAUGGGCAACCUGUGUACCAAGGAGGAGCUGACGGCGCGGCUGAGCCGAUGCAUAGAGAGCGGGGACCAGGAUCUGGCGGCCCAAUACGCGGCUGAGUUGGCCAAGUACAGAGUUCCCACUCAGAUUCAGCUAAAACCGACCUGCUACCCGAAAUCCGAGAUCUGCAUGAAGGUCGGUGUGGAGGACGCCAAGGCCUCGGUGAAUAUCUCCACAUAUGUGUACGGUCACACUACCAUAGCCAUGCUGAAGCAGCAGAUUUUCAAGGACUAUCAGUUCCACCCCAGUAUUCAGCGCUGGAUUAUCGGCCAAUGCCUGUGCUCCGAUGAUCGGACGGUCAUGUCUUACGGGAUUCGGAGAGAUGGAGACACGGCGUUCCUCUACCUGCUGGGAGCUAAACAGGCAAAGCUGACGCCGCAAGACUUGUAUGACACCAACAUCUACCCGGGACCGUCACACUUGGUGGCCUCCGGCCUGGAGGAGCAACGGCACGCCAAAACCCUCCCCAGCCGGCCCAAUCCAAGGCCAGUCUCCAACACCUUCAGGCCAGAGAGCAUGGAUACCGGGGGGGCCCAUCGAAUCUGUUCCACAAAGCACCACCUUCACCUGUCCAGGUCGGCUGGCCGUGCCCCGCCUGCACCUUCAUCAAUGUACCCACCCGGCCGGGCUGUGAGAUCUGCAGCUCCGACCGCCCCACCGACUACGUGGUUCCCGAUUGGUACAAACCGGACGAAUCCGAGCGACGGAGGCUGCAGCAGGAGAACGAUGGGCUGCAACAGUACAAGAAGGAAAAAGGAAGUAGAGAAGACAAGUCCUCCUCCCAGCACAAGACGAAAGAGGGAUCCCUAACUAGCGAGUACGUCGUCAUAUCCGCGUAA